AUGUGGAUCGGUGUGUUCCCGAGAGUUUUCUUUGAUCGCGUAACGCAAGGGUUACGCGACGAUCUCGAGCAUGAGCGGAAUAGGCGUCUCCAGAUGGUGGACACUGCCUCGAAGCAUCGAGCUGAGUUUGCCUUUGCUCAGCUUGAGAACGAGAGAUCUCUGACAUCUCUUCGUGACGAGCUAAGGGUAGCUCGUGGGAUUGUUGAUCGGUCUCGGGCUGAGAUAACUGCUCUUCAGACCCUUGUUGAUGCCCACCAUCGGGAGCACAAGGCUCUCUGCGAGAUGCUUGAGCGCAAGGGCGUUCUUCAUCGGAAGAAGCAGCGUACUGAUGGUACGGCUUAA